AUGACAAACUUCGAAAUGGACGAAGUCAAGGCCGACCGCAAGCUCAAGGGCAAAAUCAACUUCAUCAGCUGGAAGCGCGAGUUCGAGCGUGCGGCCAAGGCGAAUGAUACCUUUGAAUAUCUCACAGGUGAAGAAGUUGUUCCCCCCAAACCUAGAAAGGAAGAAUACUUCACGAAGACUGGCGAAGCCGAAAUUCGUCGCUCUACACGGACCAAGAAAAUUUCAACUCCAACAGUUGACGACGGUGAUGAAACAGAUGAUGCCCAGGCUAUUCUGGUUACUACCAACAACAACCUCCGAUGGCAGAUUGACUACAAUGAACAUAAAAAUGCCAGGGAGAAGAUGAAGCUCGCUACCAAAUUGCUGGACACUUGGGUCUCAGACGGCAUCAAGAUUGAGAUCGAGGAUUGCACCAACGCCAAGGAAGCCUACGACUUCAUCAAAAAACGAUACGCAGUCACUCAUGAACGCGCGCGUGACAGCCUGUUGAACCAAUUGAGUCUGAUCAAGCUUGACGACUGUCUAUCUGUGACCGACUAUACGAACAAAGUUCGCCAGGUCAAGGCUGACCUCAAGACCGUCAAAUAUGACAUGACCGACGAUAUGUUCGCUACCGCUCUGCUUCAUGGCCUUCCUCCCAGCUAUCGCGCCUUCAAGGAAAAGUAUGACUGGAUCCGCUCGACCAAGCCCGACGACCCUCCGGAUCUAGACUACCUUUAUGAGCGCCUACACGUCGAAGAAGCUCAACAACUUCGACUGAGGGAGGAGAGGAGGGCCCGCGAGAGGGCCAGAAAGGACACGAGCGUCGACGCUGGCAACAGAGGCUACAGCGGCCGAUAUAAGCCGAGUCGCGCGGAUAAAAGCCACUUGAAAUGCACCUAUCCCGACUGCGGUAAAACCGGCCACACCGAGGAGACCUGCUGGGUCAAGAGCCCCGAGAAAAUCCCACGAUCUCUCAAGGACAGACUGCCUGCCCACAUCGAUAACAAGCUCAUGAGCGAGAAAGCCGGCAUGGCAGGUGUCGUUAAAACGGAUCCUGUCCCCGACAGAGAUGUCUCUAUCCGGGCUGAUUCCCUAGGUACGACUCCCUUCUCCACAACUCACGUAAACUCAGCUGACUCUUCGCCACAGAAGCGUAGUGCUGUGUUGUGCACCGAAUUGCGAGAAUUAGGGGGAGCUACUACUAGGGGGUCAGGAAUCAGGAAAUUGAGUUUCUCAGAGCGGGUCUUGGGAGCAUUCUUGACAGGCACCUUCUGUACCACAGACACAUGGCUAGCUGAUACUGGAGCAAAUAUGCACAUCGUCAAUGACAUCAAGUGGUUCAAGGAUAAUACUUUCCGUUCGUUCAAUUCAAAUAUCAGCACCGCAGAUGGAUCUACUACCCUUGAAAUAAAGGGUGGAGGAGUCGUUCAGCUCAUUCUUAAGAGCCCUGAUGGGUUCCCGGUUAAAGUGUCGCUAUCAGAGGUCGCCUACGCUCCUCAGGGAAAAUGCAACCUAUUCUCGGGCGGCUUGUUUGUUCAGAAGGCAAAGGUAACUGGUGUCUACAACGAUCGUUAUAUGACAUGGAUCAAUGAUCAUGGACACACUAUCGGACAUGCCAUCUUUGGCAAGGGCCUGUAUCAACUUGAUGCUACAAGACUCUCCAAGGGACAUGACCCAAUUGACGGCAUUGCUGCCACAGUGGAUUUCGAUGACCCUGUUUGGAAAUGGCAUCGGAGACUGGGACAUCUUGGAUUCCAAAACAUGUUAAGUUUGUUGGAUUCCUCCACUGGAAUGGAGAUCACUGCCAAACAGAUCAAGGCAAAGCUCAAGGCCGUUUGCCCUAUAUAUGUUGCGGUCUCAAGCAACAUCCCCUCGGAAGAUGAAAACGACUAUUCUAGUGACGCAGGCAGUGAUCACUCUGAAGACGAACACCACAUCAACACUCCUGAAAUUCCUGUCGAACAGACCAACCAGACGGCUGCCCGGAAUAAGGGCAACGUUCCGAAUGACGGAGAACAACCCAUUUCAGAAAUGACGCACGAAUCGGAGGACGGGGUCGACGACUCCGACGACGAAGAUGAGGCCAGCGAAACAAAGUCAGGAUCUAGAGUGGUGUCUAAGUAUUGGAAUCGAUUCAGUUAUGCUGGCAUGGCCAAACGCAAGAUUGAUGAGGACACAUUAGUGGCACCGAAAAACAGCCGUCGAGCCACUCACGACCUACGUGGCACCAACAAGGAUGAUUCCUCCUCAGAUCUGUCGGACUUGAAUGAUGACUCAUGGUACUACUCAGAAGAUGGAGCUAUUUCUCAAGCUUACUGGCGUGUGAGGGAUGUCAAAAGUCAAACCUACGGUGUAACUGGAGCCUGGACGGUGCAAGGAGAUCAACCGCCCGUCAAGAAAAGAGAGAAGCUGAGCGACAGGCAAGAUAUGAAAAACUUGGAUUCGUCCCAGUGCCUCGUGACCAGAAAUGCUCCAGAUGCGCCGCGAAAAUCAUGGCUUGCGAUGGAAAAAUCCCGUGCAACAGGUGCAACACUCUACUCCAGCGUCUAUCGUGUCGACCACAGGGCGUUGACGAUUUGCCUCCAUGCGAUCAAUGCAGUUACCGAACUCAGAUUGGAAGUGGGAAAAAGUGUGACCGUGGACGACCCUAACGGUCUGCUGACGAGACUCUACCACGUACCCGACUCACCGCUCCCGAUUGGCUUCUCUUCAAUAGGCCCAUUGGGAGAAGGAGAGUCGUCCGACGAAGAAUGCAUACGCUGCCGAAAGGGCAAAUUGAAUUGUGACGGAGAGCAACCCUGUUACCCAUGUGUCAAAGCACAACCUAGUCCCCACGUCGCUAAUUGCAACUACCGACGCUCUGACGGGACAUACGAAUCAUGGGCGAUUCGCCCAUUUGAGUUGACACCCCUGGGCGGGCCAAAGCUUCGGGAGGAUUACGAAAAGCACACCGGUCGAAGGAAGUCUAGGAGAGAAACAUCCGAGACCGGCCAACAGGAGAAGAAUGAACUUGCCCCAUAUGCAACGCAAGAGAGUAUCGACACCGACCUCGAUGACAACAACGUCAAUACUGAUCAACAGGUGGCCAAGAAUAGCCACAAAAGUUUCAAGUUCGGGCUAAGCCUUCAGGCAAUUCUUGAUUUCAAAGUUCAAUUCGCAAAGCAAUUUCCGAUUUCCGACGAGGGCGAAUGCUCCUGGUAUUUGGGCAUGCACAUAGAGCAGAAGCCUGGGCAAAUCCACGUCCAUCAAAAGCAAUACAUCGACCAGAUCGUCAAAAAAUAUGGAUUCGGAGACGCUGCCCCAGUUAAGACGCCUCUGGACAAAAAUAUCAAGCUCGCGAAGCAAGACGGCUACAUCGCAGACUCGAAAUUUCGCAAAGGAUAUCAGUCCAAGCUCGGUACGCGUCCAAUCCAAAUCAAGCUCACAUGGACGCCGUGGAUCGCAUCUUCGCCUACCUGA